UGGGCUGAGCACAGGGAAACAUUUUCCUUGCAGAGGAGCCUUGUAGCUAGAAGCUGGCCAUGUUUCUCCCCAGGUAGCUGUGGGAACUGCCUUGAUUGUAAAGAAUAAAAAGAGCUCUAGGAAAAACAUAACACAUUGAAUAGCAUGAACAAAAACGGUAGUGUAGAAAAAGGAGCCAUAUAAAGGCCAGGUAUAUAAGGAGCCUGUGCCUGGAGCCAACAGCAGUACCAGGAGGUGCUUGAGGCCUGGGUCAUUUGGGGAGGGGGAGGAGAAAGCAUUUUGUGUAAGCAGUGUGGUGAAUCAUUUGGAGUAGAUUCAGAUAAUUUGCAAAGAAACUUUCACAGUCUAAUGGGGUUUUUAUUGGGAUUGCAUGGGGUAGAAUGAGAAGAUCUGCUAAUGAUCAGAGGUGGGGGUGGAGAGCCUAGUGUCAGCUUGUCUCUGUGAUCUCAGGUGACUUGCUUCACCUGACAGUGCCUCAGGGUGACUGUAGACGUGCAAGAUGCCUGCUCCGACACUAAUUGCAGCGUAUCAAAGUAGACACUAUUAAUCGAGUCUGCUGGAGUGUGCUGAUUAAUACGCACCAGCAGCCUCGGCAUCUCAUAUUUUCAGUGUCCCCACGCUUCAAAAUGGCGGCAGGGGCUCUUUAGCUAAAGCUUGUCGAAUGAGCUUUAGUUUAAGUGCCCCUUGACAUUCAGGAUGCUGAAUGCAUGAGACACUACAGGCACUUUAAAUAGAGCAGCUGCUGAGAGCCACUCUAAAGUGCCCUCCACCACCACUCCCAGAACGUGUGUAGACACCCUCAGUUUUCCUGUUUGUAAAGCAAAGAUGGUCAUAAAUAUCCACUUUAUAAAAAAAAUUAGACUAUUUCAUUUCACUGUAACUGAAGCCUAGAGAUAUCAAUAAAAAUUGGGGCCACAUUAAGUUAGGUGUUGCACAAAGAGGUCUCUGCCCAGGAUUCGUAGUCUAAGGAACCAGGAAUGGAUCCAGGUUCUUUGUGUAGGAUUCUUUGUUAUGUAUAAAAUGAGUCUCACUUUGCAAUUAACAAGUGAUUUUCUUGGAAUGAUGGAAUUAGGAGAGUUAAUUUUCCUUUUUCUGUAGACCCAUGGGCCCUCUCUCUGGAUAUUUAGAUUUCAAGGAACAUUGGCACUUAAUUCUAGUUUAAAAAUCAUUGACUUUAUUAUCUUUAAACUUCUCAAAAAAUGUAUCCAAGGCAAUGAUACAACGUGUGCGCGCGUGCACACGCACGCGCUCUAGGUUACAGUCUACAACAGUCCAGGAAUCUGAAUACGCGUCUUUAUGGAGUAACCCCCACAAGCGCUGGGCUUUUCUAUGCUGAGCUGAUAGAAGUUUAUAGAGAGAAAUGGGGAAAAGAGUAAGUUGCUGUUAACUGAAAGAUCUCUCUAAAACAGGCAGCUUGUGGGCUACAUGCAGCCCAUGGGUAAUUAAAUCAGUGACACUCAGCCAGGGUGCUGCAGUACCCUAGGGUGUCUGUAGAUCCUUUCAGGGGUGCCAUGCAGUUGUUAGCACUGCUAUGUGUGACAGUUUGAUUCACAAGAUAAACCCAAAGAAUUCCUGGUGUUACAUUCUGACUGAUUGUACUCUUUCUGAGUUAUUUGCAACAAAAGAAUUGUUCUAGUAUUUUUCUGUAGUCAAGAAAUGAAUGAAAACUAAGAGCUGGCAAUUUCUGAGGGGUGCCUUGAGUCUAAAGUGAGGUGCCUCUUUUAGAUUCAAGGUUCAGAACCACUGGGUUAAAUGAUAGCCUGCAGAGCCUGGAAAUUCUGCAGUGAGCAAGUGGUAGCAGUGUUGAACCCAGCAGCUGUCAGAGCCUCUGUGUUAGCAGGGACAGCAGUGGAGGAGGAGCGGGGUUCUUAGCACUGCCACUGCUCACCCUGUCGCAAAAUGGCUGGGCUGAGGGUAGGGGGGGCCUUUUGUGGGCAGCGCAAGCAAUGGAGAUGCAGCCAGUAUGUUGAGAUUAAUGCUGCUCCAUCCUGCCCAGCUGCUAGAGUUGAGUUUUGCGACCCACAAGAAGGCUUGUGGGCUUCUAAUCCAGCCUACCAACCCAAAUGAAUUGGACAACCCUACUCUAAAACAUCUUACAUUUUUUGAGUGGAAAACUUAUUCUUUGAUUUGUAAAUGUUAAGAUUGCAAGACAUGGACAUUGUAUUUUCCUCAUUUAGUGUCAAAUUUUAAUUGUGUCAGUGACUAUAGUAAUUCUUGCCUUUUCCCAGUCUUCAAAGUCUGCUUUUACUAACCUAGGACAAAAACCUCAUUUUCUUAUAUUUAUAAUAGAGAAAUUUAAAGUAACUUUACUUUCUUUGCCCUUUCAAGCAAAGCAUGAACUUCAGCUGCUCCCCUAACCCUGAAAGUUAUGUUGACAGUAGUGUUAUCAGCAUGAUCCUUUGAAACAAACGUGUUAAAAAAGAGGAGCCAGGCUAAAGAGCCUUUUUCCCCCAGUUUGAGGAGUUGAGCAUAAAUUUAGCACUCAUUUGUCAUAAGAAACUUUAAAAUAAAUCUUUGAAAAAUACGAAUGAUAUGGACAAAGAACUGCAACUAUGGAAGAUGGAAUGAACAGCACAAAUUAUUCAAUGGCUACCUAGUGUUUCUUUUUGUACACACUUAUUGACAAGCUUGAUAAUAUUUUCAGUUAAUAAGCAACUGAUGAUCCUUCUGGAUCUCAGUGUGUGUGUGACAGGUCACCAGGACCUUCAACACAUACAUUUAGGUUGGACUACAGAGGAGCAGUGGCUCCCCAGACCUUCCAUCUCCCUUUUAGGGCAUUGAGACAGAAUCCAUGACUGCAGUAAUAUGCAUGUCUGGGAAUCAAACUCACAAGUCCCACAUGGUAGACAAAGAUUCUACCACUGAACCACAGCAGCAGGAUUGCAGCUAGUAACCAAGUGAAGAUUUUGUGUUCAUUCCCAUGAUUCUCAACUUGAGUGUCAUGUGAUCUUUCUAAGGGUGCUGUGGGGUGCCAUGCAACAUUAGCGCUGUAAAGUGUGCAUACACCUCCACCUUCCCAAGAUAAACCCAGAGAUUUCAAACAGGAAUCCACAGGAACAUCCUGACCUUCCUGAAAAAUAUGUUUCUGGUCAUACUGAUUUUCAUGCGCUGUAAGAAAUGAGUUAGUCGUAGGGGGGAAGCGGGGGGCAUGUGCCCCCCCUGAGACUGGCGACCGCAGGUGGUCGCCACUCGUCACCCCUGCCGACAUCGGGAGGCAGCAGUCGUUCAUGGAAUUAGUGUUUGAAAUGGUGUGCCACUAAAUUCAAAAGGAAAGUGCCUUGGGCCUAGAAAGGUUGAGAACCACUAGCUUAUUCUAUACAAAUCCCUUGUUCACCAUUUGAAGAAAACACCCCUCCAUGACUGGUCACCAGAUCAGGUGACAGUUCCUUGCUCAGGGCUAGGAGAAAGCCUCCCUCGCUGUGAUUUGUUAUCCCAGCCACAUGACAGUUCUUGUUGCAAGAAAAUGUCUCUCUGUGAUUGGUUAACACUGUCACAUGACCAGGGCUACUGCAGCUGCUGCUCUCUGCUUUUUUCCCCAGAAGCCAGGGCUGGACAGCUGUUAGUUCUCCUCAUCUCCUCUGUCUCCCUUCUCCUCUCCUCUCCUCUGGAUCUGCCAGGGAGGGAACUUAUUUAAAGAUCCUAUUGUUACCAGCCAAGCUGGGGAUUGUCUCAGACUCUAACUAGCAACCUAGGGAAGCCCUGGACUCUCUGCACAUGCUAACUCCUGAGCCGGAGACUCCAGCAGGAUUUCCCAUUACUAAACCAGACAUGAUCUCUCGCAUGGAACAAAAGGAAGAGCCAUGGGUUCUCCGUGUCCAGGGCUAUGAGGAAAAAGAGAUUCUGAAUGGCAUGAGAACAGCAGGUGGUGGGAUUCUUAGUGAGAAUGAGAAGAAUCCCCACCAGGAUGACCCCAAGUCAAUGGAACCAUAUGACACAGUAUCAGACGCAUCCCGAGGUGGUAUUUAUCAGAGCCCUGAGAAGAGCCAAAGCUGUGGUCGCAGGCGCCGGUCACAAAGGCUUCAGCGAUCUCCUCCAGGACAGAGUCAAGGCAAAGGAAUCGCAUGUCAAAGACAGUUUAGGAAACUUCCAGACAUGGUGCGAGAGAGAAGUUUUACAGCAGGAGGGCCGACAAUAUGCAACGACUGCGGGAAAAGCUUCAGGGUGAGCUCCAACCUUGUACAGCACCAGAGAAUUCACACAGGGGAAAAGCCUUUUGGGUGUGCUGUGUGUGGAGGGAGCUUCCGGCAGCGCUCGCACCUCAUCCAGCACCAGAGAAUCCACACGGGGGAGAGACCAUUUGCAUGCACUGACUGUGGGAAGAAGUUCAGCAUGAGCUCCAAACUCAUUCGGCACCAGAUCAUCCACACAGGUGAGAAGCCCUAUAAAUGCAGUGACUGUGGGAAGAGCUUCACAGGGAACUCACAGCUAAUCCAGCACCAGAGGAUCCACACAGGAGAGAAACCCUACGAAUGUCACAACUGUGGGAAGAGCUUCAGUGUGAGCUCAGCCCUCAUUCGACAUCAGCGGAUCCACACAGGAGAGAAACCAUAUGAGUGCUCAGACUGUGGAAAGAGCUUCAGUCAGAGCUCAGAGCUCAUGAAGCACCAGAGAGUGCACACGGGCGAGAAACCCUAUGAGUGCGCCCAGUGUGGGAAGAGCUUCACCGUGAGCUCCGCCCUCAUCCAGCAUCGACGCUUCCACAGGGGAGAGAGACCCUAUGGAUGUGCUGAAUGUGGGAAGAGCUUCACUGUGAGUUCCCACCUCAUCCAGCAUCGGCGCUUCCACACUGGUGAGAGGCCCUAUGAGUGCAUGGCCUGCGGGAAGAGCUUCCUCUGGCGCUCAGCCCUUCUCCGGCACCAGCGGGUCCACACAGGGGAGAGACCCUAUGCAUGCACCGAAUGUGGGGAGAGCUUCCGGCAAAGUGCGCACCUCAUACAGCACCGCAGAGUCCACACGGGGGAGAGACCCUACGCAUGUGCUGACUGUGGGAAAGGGUUCACUGUGAGCUCUGCUCUCAUCCGGCACCAGAGAAUCCAUCAAGGAGGGAAAUCCUGAACACAGGAAACCCUGCCAGUCUGAUAUCCUCCCAUAGAAUUUGCCCAGGGCUACAAGACAGGGGUGUUUCUCCCACUAGAUCUGCCCUGUUCAUGGAGAAAGAAAAGUGUCUCAUUGAGAACAGGGCAUAGAGGGUUGAGUCAGAUGCAGAGAAAUGGCCAUUUGAGCUAUCUGGGGUGUGCAAAGAAAUGUGAUGGAAGCCUGACAAGGAUCGGGAGUUGCUGGGGGAACGGAUAAACUGGAGAUUGAGGAAGAACAGAUACUGUGAAAAGGGGGGAGACAUUUUGAGACAGUAUUAAUAAAAACACUUAAGAGGAAAUUUGAAAUUCUCCUAUUCCUCUGUCCACACUGUGGAUUUCAGACAGUAUAUAAUGGGAGUUAAUGGGAACAUCUUUUAAGUAAAGCAGAUUUCAUUCUCAGACUGCUCCCUUCAACUCAGUGGCUUGGUACCCCUAUCUGUAAAGUUCAGCAAUAGUAAUAAUGGGAACCAUCUUUACAGAAGGAUGGGAGUAUUAAAUUCAUGUAUCAAGGUAGUGCACAGAAACCACAAGAAGAAUUUUGUACAUUGUGUUCUACGCAAAUCUGUUUAUGCAGCCCUUGCUCAGAAUUUAGCUUUUCCUCUUGUUAUUAACUAGGAUUUUUUCUUGACAUUAUAGGCUUUGUGGGUUUUCUUUUUUCCACAGGGUGCACUUGUGUUUCUUUUUUAUUUUUCAAUCAGUUUUAUUCCCUUCCAUAAAACACUACCUUUAUUAUUUUUUCAAAAUUCUUGAUCAAAGCAUGCUUAAGACAUCCAGUCUCCUUCACGUAUCUGAGAGAUUCCAUAUUGUCAAACAGUAUGUCAUUAGAUUCCCCUAGUGAUUAGCUCUACACAGCAAAAAUCAUCUUGAUUCUCUAUAUCCACCCCAUUCACCAAAGCUUAUGAACAUCAGGAAUGAGGAGUACACGUGAGCUCAAGAGCUGCAGAGGGCAGGCAGCCGUGCACUGAAGCAUCCUCAUGCCCCAGCCAGCUGUAUCAGCAACUGCACAUGUGCUACUGCAUACAAAAGACACCACUGCAAGACAGUACUUGUAUUUACAAGUACUAACCUGAGGUGGAGUUAAUUAGUUUCCUGUAGCCUCACAGGGCUGCACGUGUAGAUCUUAAGACUUUAUUGUGGAGCUAAUUAGGCAACUCUGUAGUAAACAUCUCAAGAAGAUGCUCCCACUGUGUCACUUCCUUCAACCAUUACCAACCUGGAAGCUGAUUACAGUGUGCCAGUUGCUCCAAACCUUUCUUGUGUACUGAGCUGAAUUGCAUAUAUUUAUGAUAGUGGGACCUGAAGUUGCAUACCUUCUCUAGUGACUCCCAUCCCCAGUAGUCUCCAGGCACUUAACAGUUAGUCUUCCCAGCAUUCUCUGAGUUAGGAAACAGUUAUUCCCUAUCAACAUAUGACAAAAUUGAGUAAAACAAAAUGGCCAUACACAUCAAUAUAAGUGCUGGGACAGAACUCAGGAAUCCUCUCGCUUGAAGGAUUUUGGACGCUAAGGGCUACAUACACUCAUUCUGCAUUUGACAAUGUGUUGAAGAAUCUGUUGAUACAGCACAAGAACCUUUGGCAAUUACUUCGAGCAUUUUGAGUAAUGGCGAGGUGUCCCAUUUGGAAAGUACAAAAAUGCUGUUUAUUUUGGGACAAAAAGGAGGAAGAAGCCAAAGAAAUAGACAUAGAUGUUUCAGUGGCUGAACCUGACAAAAAGCUGGUGCAUUUAAUAAAUGCAUUGUAAGUGCUUAGGAGUAGGUUGAAAUAAGGUGAUAAAUGCUGUGGGUUUGCCAACUACAGAUAAGCUAGCCUAAUUUUUCCCUCUGCAAGGAUAACAAGCUUAGGGAAUAAAAGAAACUCAGCAGGUUUACUCUCAUGGCUUCAGUUUCAUAGCUUUGUAAAGGGAAAGUUGUUUUCCAUGAUGACAGAUGACAGAAUAAGAAGCAGUGGUCUCGAGUUGGAGGAGGGGAAGUUUAAGUUAGAUAUUAGGAAACACUUUCUCACUAGGAGGGUAAAGCAGUGGAAAAGGUUUAAUAGAUUUCAUAGAUUUCAUAGACAUUAGGGCUGGAAGGGACCUCAGA